AGUUUAAGCAUGUGUUCCAAAGAAAAAAAGUUUAAGCAUCGUUCUCUUUUCCUUAUGCGUGCCAUGUUGCACACGAAGAACCACUAAUGAAUCGGGCAGGCGCAUAUAUACAUGACAUUGACCAUCCAAAUUCAUAUUUCAGCUCGGCGAAGACUGCAGCCCGAUUGCAACUGCCAAUCAUGAAGACACCUGACAAAUGGCGCUCCGAGGAGAAGCAUCCAUAAACAAAAACUCGUUGGUCAUCAGUACUACUCAGUAGUGCGCGGGCUGUAACACCCUUCUUCUUCUUCAUCCGCCCCACGUCGUCGAUCGGCCUCGGCGAGGGCAUACAUGGCGGCAUCGAAGCUCGAUCGGGUUGACACGUACGUACGUAGCGCUCGUCGCCGGGCCUGAAAACAAAGGGCGCUGUCGUCAACCUUGGGGAGAGGACAAAGACAAACAUAACAUGCCAGCCACGACGUGCGACCACAUCAAACAUCGAGAUAAGCUACGGAGUUCGGCACGUAGCAGCGCCCCUAGAAAACUCAGCCUCCCGCUAGCCCACUAACAAAGAUCUCGCCGUUACGGGACAUGCGCGCCAUGACAAACCCUCCACCAACUCGCCCCGCCGGCGCCCUCCCUUAAAUCCAUGCGCAGCCUCCAAAAGUUCAGACCAGAUACAGAGAGAGAGAAUUGGUCAAUCAAUGGAGCUCCAGUUCCAGCAGCAGCAGCAGCAGCAAUGCCAGUACGAGGCGGCGGUGGGCAAGGCGGCGGCGAAGGGGAGGGGUAGCAAGUGCAAGUUCGUCGGGGUGAGGCAGCGGCCGUCGGGGAGGUGGGUGGCGGAGAUCAAGGACACCACGCACAAGAUACGGGUGUGGCUCGGCACGUUCGAGACCGCCGAGGAUGCCGCGCGCGCCUACGACGAGGCCGCAUGCCUCCUCCGGGGCUCCAACACGCGGACCAACUUCGCCACCGCCGCCCCUUCCGCCGCCGCCUCCUCGCCGCCGGACUCGCCGCUCGCGUCCAGGAUCCGCACCCUGCUCACCCACAAGAAGCUCAAGAAGAGCGCCUCGCCGCCGCCGCGGGCGUCGUCCCACUCCCAGCCGCCCGCUCUCGCCAUCGGCCCCGCCACGGCAGCCAGUAAUGCCAGCGCCGGCAGCACGAGCUCGACCAUCAGCUUCGCCAUGAGCGCCGGUGGAGCCGCCGCCGCCCACCACACUCCCACUCCCCUCUCCAACCACAUGACAUACCAGCAGUGGAUCAACAACGGAGGCGAGCACCUCCAUCAACACCUAGAGCACCACCCAUGGCCUGCAACGCUCAGCGCGGCCGUCCCGACGCUCGCCGCCCGGCGCAACGUGGGCGACUGCCGGGUGAUCACGGACGGUACGAGGCCGGAGAAGCAACAGGAAGACUCCGCGUCGCCCGGCGCCGCCAUGAGCGGGGUAGUGCAGGAGCAGGACGACGGGUUCGACAUCGGGAGCGACCCCUGCGACUCGCUGUGGGAUCUGCCGCCGAUCUGCCAGCUCUCCUGCAGGUCCCUCAUGUACUAGACUACCGGCCGACCAAGGUUCCGCCGGCCGGCCGCGAGAUCAUCUUGAGGUCCAUUUCCUGCCGUCGGGAGCCAAUUCCAUACAGGAAGAUUGUAUGAGGAAUGAUGGCCAAGCAAGCAGGGAAAUGUGACGGCGGGUUGCACCUACGUGUUCGUACGUGGGUCAGGGAUGAGAUAUGGGUGGAUUUUGAGGGCACGCACGCGGUGUUGCUCUUUCUAUUCUUUUUUGUCUACCAACGAAUUUUCUCUCUAGGCGAAGUACGUGGAGUGGAGGUGCCGUAAAGAUGUGUCACCCUUGUGCACAACAAAUAAUGUAAUUCUUGUGGUGGAUAAUGAUGGGGUUUUGAAGUAGUUAUGGUAUAGGCCGGGUGUGUGUGGCUAGAGAGACUUGGCUAGCAUGUUGUUAUUUUUCCGUUUUGUCUACGUUUCUCUCUUGGGUUUAUGUUUUAUUAACAUGAGUUUAGUUUUUGUCGAUGUUCUAAUCGAG